AUGCUGAUGGCGGUCUCGGAGCGAAGGCUCGUUCUCGUGACCAUCGCCGCAUUGGCAUCAGUUGCUGCAGGUGUUGCCAAUGUCGGGUGCACGACCAUACUUGGAUCCAGUGGCUCCCGGUACAGGUGGGCAAUGCAGAAUCCAGCACUGGUAGCUCCUGUUCUGCUUGACUACGACGUGCAGGAGUAUAGAAGCCCUUUGAUGGCAUCUUUAGCAGAUGGGGCCUUGGUGGUCUCUGCGCCGGCAGACAUUACAGCCAACUUCAAUUUGACGUCUGUGUCAUCGAAUGGGACCGAUGCACCGCAAAAGUACAUUCUACAGAGCAUUUAUUUGCGAAAGCCUGCCAUCGUCGCAGAAGGAACGAAGCAAGAACUCAGCCACGAGCUAGAGGUUGUUCUGGUGCAUCAUGAGGUGACAGGCACUGGGUAUUUUGCGAAUGUUAUCGUUCCUGUGGAGGUUAGUGCCGAACCUGGUCUGGACUUAUUGGCGCCUUUAGUGAACCAAGCGGACUUGCCAACACAGGUCGGUGAGACUCAGCCGGUGCUGGUCACCAAUUUAUUGCCCCUCAAGCUGCAGCAUGUUUACCAAGGAGUUUCCUUCCAGCAUUUCUGGGGAGAAAUUACGACAUCUUGCAAUCAAAGCACUGCGGGCGCUCGUGUUCUUAUGCGGAAUGCAACGAUGGCGACCUCGAAGCCGGUCCUCGAGAAAAUUUUGAAGUCGUUGGAAUGGACGCCAAGCGUUGUUCCAGUUCUUCCCCCGGCACAGACAUGGAUGGUGCAGCCGUGCCCGCGAGGAGGCACUUGCAGCCUUCCGACGGCCACGGAUCUGACCUCACAGCUGACAGAAGCAACCCAAGUUCUGAAGGAGGACACCUCGAAGCUGGAAGAAGCGAAGAAGGCAAUGGAUUCAUCGCUUCUGGGGUUGACCUCAAACAUCUCGAAUGUGAGCAAUGAUGCUUACACCCUGGCGAUCAGACGUAGAGAUGAUCUUCGCAAUGCAGAGGCUGCUGUCGAUGGUGCGAGCCGCACGGUCAGUACGUUGCAGGAGCAGAUCAACAGUGCCAAGGCAGCGGUUUGGGAUUCCAACGCACCUGCCCAGACGGGUCCCUCAGUGUCAAGCACGACUGUGGCAACUUCCAAUCAAACCACUACUACCACUUCCAGCGUCAGCCCAGCAGUGGCUGCCACUCCGAGUUUUCUGGAAAGUAGUGUGCAAGUGCAGGCUUGCAACGAUGGUGUGGCCUCACCAUUGGAGGUAGACUUGGCUCAGGUAGAGCACGUGGAUGCUACUGCGGCAGGGGCAGCCGAAGCCUUGUUGUUUUGGCGGCUGUCAGCGACACCGUUGCGCCCUGUUGAUGCUGCUGCGGCAGAAACUGCAGCAGAGGCUCCGCGAUUACGGAUGGCGAACCUGGGUGAUCGACUUCGGAUCUCGGGGGACAAGCCGAUCAUGGUGCUGCUCGUUCAUGGCAAGGAGCUGCCGAUCAGUUUCGCUGACAUCAGUGUCCCAGGUGAGCACAGCCUUUCUGGCCGUCGAGCAGAUGCCGAAAUCCAGCUGGUGCACCUUCCAGCGGAUCCAACACAAGCCCUGGCUGUGGCUUUAUUGAUGGAUGACGCCGGUGAUGCCAGCAAUGUCUGGCUACAGCAUAUGGCCGCCCUUCCACGGGCCGGUGAGGUUGCGCAGGUCCAGGGGUCGGAUCCGAUGUCGAUGCACCCGGCUUUUGCAAGAGGUGUAGCUGGACAUUACUAUCGCUAUAGUGGCCGGCUGCAGAAGUCCAAGUGUGCAAAAGUCAGGUGGAACAUCUUGGAGGAGCGUGGUCACAUUAGCAGCCGGCAACUUCUGGAGCUCCGACAGGUCUUGCAGCCCCCUGCGUCUGUCGACAGCUUCUCCGAUCCUUCGGCACUGCUUCCGAUGGUGCUACCUCGCCACAAGGUUUCCUUAGCAUCUGUGCGUCAGAGUACCCAAACUGUUCCGGCUUCUGCCGUUGCUGGCAGCCCGGUUUCCAGCGAUUCGGAGCCGACUCCAAACUUGAAGUCGUUGCUGCUCUCCCUCCCGCGACGAAAGCGUGGGACGGCACUUUCAGCUUGA